AAUUCCAUCUUAUCGAACAAAUCAGAGCAAACGUCACAACAAGCCAGUCCAGUACUUAUUCUCCAUCCAAUAAUCCACAAGAUUUUAACUCGAGUAAAGCAAUAGACGGGGUGCAGAAUUAUUCAAUAGAUACAUGUAAAUGUUGCAGUGUAACAGACGGAGCACCUCCUUCAUGGUGGCAAAUUGAUCUUGGACAGAAAUACUUGAUAAGUUCUUUGCAGAUAUUUGGCCGUGCAGCAAGUAAAAUAAAUUAUAACUAUCAAUUAGAAAAUGCAACAAUUUAUGCUGGAAACGUAUCAAUAAAAACAAACAUGACUUUUGUUUACAAAGUUCCAUCGAUGACUAGUACACGGAAUUUUGCAAAAAAAUUAGACGCAAUAAUCGCACAGUACUUCAGGGUAGUAUUGAACCAAAACGUGUUGACUUUGUGCGAGUUCAAGCUAUUUGGGAAAGAGUGUGAUAUAGGUUAUUUUGGAUCGGAAUGUUUGCAUAGUUGUCACUGUUCAGAUAAUAGCAAAUGUGAUCAAGUGACAGGGAAAUGUCAGACAUCUGGUUGUCUGGCAGGCUGGACAGGUGAAGCAUGUGAAGACGACUGCCCAAAGGGUACAUUUGGUUUAAAUUGUGAUGGUAUAUGUAACUGUAAAGAUGAUGCCGAAUGUCGUAAAACGGAUGGAAAUUGUAGUUAUGGUUGUGCAUUUGGAUGGUCAGGUUUUAACUGUAGCACAGAUUUAAAUCUAAUCAAGCGUAUCAGAGCAAACGUCGUUACGAGACAAUCAAGUACAUAUGCUCCUCAUGAAAAUCCGUCCGAUUUUAACUCGAGUAAAGCAAUAGACGGGGUACACAAUUAUGCAGUAGAUACAUGUAAAUGUUGCAGUGUAACAAACGGACCCAUUCCUUCGUGGUGGCAAAUUGAUCUUAAACAAAGAUACUUGAUUGGUGCUAUUCAGAUAUUUGGACGAGAAUCGGGUUAUCCAGAGCAAUUGCAACAUGCAGUAGUAUAUGCUUGCAAUGCAUCCAUGGCCUCCAACAUGUCAUCGAAUAAAAUGAAGGUUUACGAAGUUCCUAAUAUAACUGACACACGAAUCUUUACAAAUGACUUAGAUCCACUGAUUGUGCAAUACAUUUUGGUAGAGCUGCCACAGACGUUUUUGACUUUGUGUGAAUUCAAGUUAUAUGAGAAAGAAUGUAAAGUCGGUUAUUUUGGAUCGGGAUGUUUGCAUGGUUGUCAUUGUUCAGACAAUAACACAUGUGAUCAAGUGACAGGGAAAUGUCAGACACCUGGUUGCCUGGUAGGCUGGAAAGGUGAAGCAUGCACAGACCCAUGUAGUCAUCGCACAUUUGGUGUGAACUGCUCUUCCGACUGUCAUUGUUCUAAUAACUCAACUUGUGAUGCAGUUUCUGGAAAAUGCCACGUUGGUAUUUGUGAUCCUGGUUGGAGAACGGAAAGCUGUAACAAAUCAUGUAGUCAUCGAACAUUUGGUGGGAACUGCUCUUCACUCUGUCAUUGUUCUAACAACUCAACUUGUGAUGCAGUUUCUGGAAAGUGUCACGUUGGUAUUUGUGAUCCUGGUUGGAGAACGGAUAGCUGUGACAAAUUGUGUUAUCAUGGAAACUUCGGUAUUGGGUGUAACAAAAUGUGUCAUUGUAAAGACAACACAAGUUGUGAUCAUAUAAGCGGACAUUGUGAUACAGGAUUGUGUGAUCCGGGCUGGUUAUUACCUACAUGUAGCAAAGCAUGCGGCCAUCGGAGAUUCGGACAGAAUUGCAGUUCGAUUUGUCAUUGUUUAAAUAAUGCAAGUUGCAAUGCAAUAUCCGGAGAAUGUCACAAUGGUAUAUGUGAUGCUGGAUGGCAGACUCCUAGGUGUGAUAAAGUAUGCGAUCAUCGUACAUUCGGAUAUGAUUGUUCAUCUACUUGCCACUGCCUUAACAAUACAAAUUGCAACAGUACAACUGGGACCUGUAAUACUGGAUUAUGUGAUCCUGGUUGGCAGGGACCUAAAUGUGAUCGAGUAUGUGACAAUCGGACGUUCGGUGUCAAUUGUUCAGCAACUUGCAAUUGUCUGAAUAAUACAAAUUGCAACAGUACAACAGGUGUAUGUGAUAAUGGUUUGUGUGAUUCCGGUUGGCAAAGUCCUGCAUGUGAUCAAGUAUGUAACAAUGGUACCUUUGGAUAUAAUUGCUCAUCAUCAUGCCAUUGUCUUAAUUGA